GUCACUUCCGGCGGCGGCGGCGGCGGCCCCGAGGAUGUUUUACCACAUCUCCCUGGAGCACGAGAUCCUCCUGCACCCGCGCUACUUCGGGCCCAACCUGCUCAACACCGUCAAGCAGAAGCUUUUCACCGAGGUGGAGGGGACCUGCACCGGCAAAUACGGGUUCGUUAUCGCGGUGACCACCAUCGACAACGUGGGCGCGGGGGUGAUCCAGCCGGGCCGCGGCUUCGUGCUCUACCCCGUGCGCUACAAGGCCAUCGUCUUCCGGCCCUUCAAGGGCGAGGUGGUGGACGCCGUGGUCACCCAGGUCAACAAGGUCAGGGGUCACCGGGGGUCAGGGGUCACGCGGGGGUCAGGGGUCACCCGGGGGUCACCCAGGNCGGGGCGGUCCCGGUAA